CCCCACCCCCGCCCACCCCUCACACACGCACGCACACACACACUUCUGUGAGCGCGCGAGUUACAGAUGCAAACUAGUCUCGUGCACAGAGGUCGAGCUUUUGUUUUUUUUAAAGAGCUUUCUUGAACCUGAGCGGUUCUGUUUUGUGUUUUGACAAACAAAGCCGACAGUGAUCAUCGCGCGCGGAUGCGCAGGUCGCGAUUCGCUUUUUUUUGGACGAUUUUUUGGACGAGUGGCGGCAGCUCGGAGUUUAUGCAUUUGUUUUCUAACACCAGACGGACGUCGGCUUCUUUUCUCGCUACCGAUCGCUCCUAUUUACUUAAUUUCUUGAUUUCUUGAUCUCUUUAUUUCAUCGGCUGGUAUGCGCUUGGGAUUGGCGAACGUCAAGAAGAGAAAAAUAAUGAAAUAAUGCAAGUCGUUUGUGAAAGUCAGGCUGAGAGCAGUCAUGAAGGUUUACGGAGGACCGCUUGAACGUACGCACGGGGAAGAGUGUGGGUAUACAGAAGAAGACAGCGCAAGCCCUUCGUUAAAACUUCACGCAUCGGCGCGUUGGGGUCGCAUUUGUGGUUGUGGUCGCGCCUAGCGAUCAUCAGCGAUCAUCACAAUAUUCAUCACCUAUCAUCACCACUCAUCACCGUCAAACUGUGGAUAACUACCUGUGUGGGAUACGCUUUCUUCUGUUCUGUUCUGUUUUUCUUUUAAGAACGCGAUGCAGCUGAACUAUAUGAAAUAUGUGAAAGAGAAAGAGAUAGAAAGAGAGAUAGAAGGAGAGAUAGACUCGUCUUCGCAGACGUGGCAAAGCUCCACCUGAGCGAAGGUGGACAGGUUUUUUUUUCCACCCGCGGGAAAAAAACUAAUAAAUAAAUAAAACGCGAAAACGCGAAGUGAACGGCGUGGUCGCAGCCGCUAUCCGCGGUUCUGAAAAUCAAUCCGACAUCUGAGCCGCCGCUGUUCGCUAUCCGCGGUUCUGAAACAACCAUCGGCAACACCAGCAAAACACCAGAACAGGAAAGUUCCCGACACAUCAGACAGACGUGGGUGAAUCCACCAACUGACACCACACCAGUGCCAUCAAUCCAAUAAGGGAUUUAGCCUGGGAAAAAAAGGCAAAAAAAACACGAAUGCAGGUAUGAUAAGCCAACCAACCCACCAACCCGCAUGAAUUGCAGAGCAGAUGUUUUGGAAUCAGGCUGAGCCCUGAGGACAGCAUGAUGAAUCCCUAACCUCUCAGCUGUAUCUGUGCAUUAAUUAUGUCCAUCCUGUGUCUUCUGCUACCGAUUGUCACAUCUGGACGCUGUUCUUGAAUAGCAUCAAUUUAAGACAGCAGAACGGAGGCAAAUAUGGGACAGUGACCGAGGCUGAAGGAGGUGGUGGUUGUCGCCUUUGCUUGGCGUAAGACGUAAAAACAGUCCUUCGCUCUCUUCUCGAUAUUUGGGAGACAUGGCAGCUGCGAUUGCCAGCGGUUUGAUCCGACAGAAGAGGCAGGCGAGGGAGCAGCACUUAGACAGACCCUCCACCAACCGCAGGAGGAAAAGUCCGAACAAGAACAAAGGUCUUUGCAAUGGCAAUCUAGUGGACAUCUUCUCCAAAGUGCGAAUCUUCGGCCUUAGGAAGAGGAGACUUCGGAGACAAGAUCCCCAGCUCAAGGGUAUAGUGACCAGGUUAUAUUGCAGGCAGGGAUACUACUUGCAAAUGAACCCAGAUGGAUCUCUUGAUGGGACCAAGGAUGACAGCAGUAAUUCCUCAUUGUUCAAUCUCAUCCCUGUGGGCCUCCGAGUUGUUGCUAUUCAGUCCGUGAAGACAGGGUUAUACAUCGCCAUGAAUGGAGAAGGCCAUCUGUACACAUCAGAACUCUUUACGGCGGAGUGCAAGUUUAAAGAGUCUGUAUUUGAGAACUACUACGUGAUCUACUCGUCCAUGUUGUACAGACAGCAGGAGUCAGGGAGAGCCUGGUUUCUGGGCCUCAAUAAAGAGGGCCAGGCCAUGAAGGGCAACCGUGUGAAGAAAACCAAACCAGCUGCUCACUUCCUGCCCAAGCCAUUAGAAGUCGCGAUGUACCGGGAGCCAUCGUUGCACGACGUCGGGGAGUCAGUGCCCAAGGCCGCCGUGCCUCCGAGUAAAAGCACAAACGAGCCGGCCGUGAUGAACGGAGGCAAACCAGUCAGCAAGCCCGCCAGCAAGCCCAGCACAUAGCCCGGCCGCGGAGACCACGGCAGAGACCCCCCUGACCCCGGAGAGAGAGCGAGACUCUCCCUGUCUCGUCUGUGGAUCCGGUCCAGACGAGCCCCUCUUCUCCUCCUCCAGCUCCUCCUCUUCCUUCUCCUUCUUCCUCUUCCUCUUCUUCUCCAGCGCCUCCUCCUCCUUCUCCUCCUCCUCUGACUCUUUUCCUCCACUCGGCAGAUCGAUCGCAGAAGCCGCGGCCAAGAGUAGCGCUGAGGAGGAGGAUCCGACCGGACGCAGCGGCGGAUCAACCCGCAACCAUGGAAUGAAUGAAUAAAUAAAUGAAUGAAUAAAUGCUCUACCGGAUACGGAAUGCCUUUUUUCCUGCUUCCCUAGAAAACACAAUAAACUCCCACCCUCUAUUUUAUUUUUGUUCCUUAUGACUGUGACAAUCUAUGAAAGACUGAAAGACUUUAAGACUGAAAGACUGAAGGACUGAGAGGGACAGCAGCUGCAGGUGCAUCGUGUGAUGACGUCUCUAUCCUUCUUCUUCUUCUUCUCCUUCUUAUAAUUACUAUAAUUCUUAUUUUGUCUUUUUUUUUUAGUUGUUUGUGUUUUUUGGAGCCCUGUGAUGGCGGUGUCUAUUUCAGAUCUAUUUUCUAUACACAGUGAACACCAGCUACGCUCUGGGGAAAUAAUGCGCACUGACUACAGACGGACUUCUGCGAGAAACUGCAAGAAAAACACAGGACUGUCGUCGCUGUCCUCAGAUUUUUUUAUAGGGUCUGUUUCUCCUCCAGUGUCUCCUGCUCGAUCUUAUCAAGCUUUCUCUCUCUAUGUGUCUCUGUCUCUAUCGUUCUUUCUCAUUCCUUUUUGUUUUUUUGUCGAGUUGUUCUACAGCACUACAGCAGGGGAUAUGUGUGAUUUUUUUAUUUAUUCAUUUAUUUAUUUUUUAGUUAAUUUGGUUCGUCUCUUUCCUUUUUCUACUACUUUCUACUACUUUCACUUUCAUUUUGCAUUUUGAGUGCACACAUCUUAACAGUUCUUUUGGUGCACCCCUACACUUAUAUAUACUUAUAUAUAUAUAUAUAUAUAUUUGUUAUGAUAUAUAUAUAUAAGUAUAUAAGUAUAUAUAUAUAUAUAUAUAUAUAUAUAUAUAUCGAUGUGCGUGUGUAGGGCUGAGAUGCCAGGCCGGUGGCGGCUUGUUUUGCAGGGAAUCAUUCAGGAGGACUGGUGAGCCAAACCCUGUCACCACAGAGACACUGUGGAGCACAGAUGUGGUCGCUGUCACAGGCACUGUGCCUGAUCCCCGUCCUCUUUUUUACUUUAGUGCCCAAAAAAAAAGGAGACGUGGCGGUGGCUGGCCAAGCACUUGUGAUUUCCACCAGCGUUCGCUCGAGCAGCGUCCGUUGUGCGUGGCGUUAAACAUAUCGAUACUGAAUAGUUUCAGAGUGAACAUGUGAACAAGUGAAUAAGUGAAUAAGUGAACAUGUGAAGAUGUGAGAGCUAGCAAGCGCCUCCAGGCCCAGUCUCCAAAGUAAAGUACGAGAGGAAUCCGAGUUCUAUUUUUCUUCUUUACAUCUUUACUCUUUUAGUUUAGAGCGCAGGCUCUAGGAACAUCUAUAGGCCUUGUAGGCCUCCGGUCCCUCGUGCGCCAUCUCCUCUCCGAGCUACUACAGCCGGGCUACAGUCUACAGGCUGGUGAUCCAGGCGGAAAACAGCCGCCUUAACGUAAAGCAACGUAACGUAACGCAACGUAACGUAAUGCAACGUAACGUAACGUAGGAUAAAUCUGCUCUCAGAGGCAGCGUGUUAAAGUGGCCGGGUACUUUUAAAAGUAGGCGACGUUGACAUUGCUGUUGGCUGCAUCCUCUUUCCGUUCAGCAAAAAGCAUGGGCAAGGUUAGUAUUGUGUUCUGUUCUUGCAGUGUGAUGCAAAGCGAGAGAUGGCUUAUUAUUAUUAUAUAUGACAAAUGUUUUCACUGUAUACGAUUAAAAAAAAAAAGCUUAAAAAAAAUAGAUUUUUAAUAUUGACUAGAUACUACAGUUAAAUAAGGAGACUUUCUUUCCUAGCUCAGCAUGCAGAGUCCAGUACUGCUCAUAUUGGCCUAUGGUGUGCCUGUGAUGACCUCUAACCCAGCAUGCAAAAACAUGUACCCAGUCUGUGCUGGGUUAAAGGUGCCUCAUGCCCUCCCCAGAGAAAACAAUUUCUCUUUCUAUCUCUCUAUCUAUCUCUCUCUCUCUCUGACACACACACACACACACACAGAUACAAACACACACAGAGAUACAAACACACAGAGGUGGAAAAAGUACUGAAAAAUUGUAAUUAAGUAAAAGUACCUUUACUUUGCUAAAAUUCUACUUACAAGUAAAAGUACCCAUCUAAAAAUUUACUCAAGUAAAAGUAAAAGUACCCAUCUAAAAAUAUACUCGAGUAAAAGUAAAAGUACCCAUCUAUAAAUGUACUCGAGUAAAAGUACCCAUCUAUAAAUGUACUCGAGUAAAAGUACCCAUCUAAAACUCUACUCGAGUAAAAGUAAAAGUACCCAUCUAAAAUUCUACUCGAGUAAAAGUAAAAAAGUACUCAAUUUAAAAUGUACUUUGAGUAAAAUUUACAUAGUUACUUUUAAUUAUUUGAUGUAAAAAAGUAAAACAAAUCAUAAAUUAAAUUGUUUUUAAUGAACUAUUAUUCCACAUAAUAAUUUGCACCUUUGAGGCAGUAUUUGUUCAGACCCCCCAUAAAACAUUUUCAAGAGCAAGUGUUAUAGGUUUCUAUGAUUAAUUUUUUUUCUUUACUGUUAAAAAGUUAUGGUCAUAUAGGUGACUAUAUACUGUAUUUCUUUAGUUUAACAGACAAUUGUUUUUUUUUUCCCAGCAUUUUAUUUUGUACUCAGUAAUUGGGAGUUUUCUAAUGUAGCAAAGUAAAUUACUUUUGUUAACAUGUACUUGAGUAAAAGUAAAAUUACCUAUUUUCAAAACUACUCAAAAAAAUACAAAUUACUCAUAAAAUCUACUCAAUUACAGUAACUUGAGUAAAUGUAAUUCAUUACUUUCCACCUCUGCAAACACACACACACACACACACACACACACAUACAGAUGCACACAGAGACAAAGAUGCACAAACAGUAGCUUAUACUUACAAUACAAUCUAAUUCAAUUCACUAAAACACACAAUACAAUACAAACUACAGUUCUACACUAAUUCUCAGUCCACUCUGAGGUUAAUCCUGAAUUUUACCAAAGUUCCUCUCUCUCUUUCUCUCUCUCUCUCUCUCUCUCUCUCUCUAUAUAUAUAUAUAUAUAUAUAUAUAUAUAUAUAUAAAUAUAUUCUGUAUGUCCAAGAAUUCAGAACCACCAAUUCCAACCAGUUAAGUGCAGUGGGCAGCACUUUAAUACAACAAAAGCUCGCUCGUCCACUCCGCCCAGUUCAGUUUUUUCAGUUUUGCUCACUGUGACUAAAAUUCAUUCUCAUCACUAAUCAACAGCACUAAUCAACAACCGAUGAUUGAUUUUGCCUUUUUAGUACAGGAACUCCUGGAUGGUUGCGACUGCAGUCGUGCAGUCAUGAUGAGAGUACUGUAUAUUGUUCUUAUAAAACAAAGCAAACGAAAAAAAAAAACUUUAAAAAAAUAUAUAAAAAAUAAACUAACAAGGGUACCUAUGAAUUAAUCACCUGCAUGUUUUUUUUUUCCCUUAAGGACCAAAGUAUGGUAUGAGGACAGCAUAAUGGAUAUAAUGGAUGGAUCAUUAGUCUCUGUUUAGGUCAGCAUCAUUGAAUGGGCAUGAUAAUAUAAAGUUCUCUCAUACUUUCUCUUUCUAUUUCUAUUUAUCUUACUCUGGAUUGGAAUCAUUGCACUUGUUUUCUUUUGUUUUUUUUGGUUCUGAAUCAUAAUCUAGUCUAAUCUCCGCUUUCAAUUUGCCAAUUGUUAUCAAGGAUUAUUAUAAUUAUUAUUAUUAUUAUCCGACACUUAUCAAUCAUCCCAUCCCAUUUGUUAUGAAGCCUGUCUUGCUUAUUACCGAAUUUCCGUCGUGUUUUUCUGACGAACACGAUUUCGAAUGUUGUUCUGUAAGCUGAAGCUGGGCUGCUAAAUCUACUGCGAAUAUAUAUUUGAGGCCUCGUUCGAAGACUUUCUAUUCUAUUUUCUGGAGUUUAUGGGGAUUAUGAGCUAGUUUGUUAUUAGGACGUGUUAAAGCAGUUAAAGCACAUUAGUUAGUCUUACAUAUUUGUCUGUAUAAAGCUACUUUAAUGCUAGAAUGACAUGCAGUACAGUACUAUUACAGGACAAGGAGCUUAAACCCAUUUUGGAAUCCAGUUGAGGGCUGGUGUCCCACUUUUACAUAUAUAUAAAAAAAAAACACUUUUAAUCAUCAUUCUCUCCAAUGAACUCUACAUGCUGGGCUAACUGGCCCUGCGAGAACCAGUUGACUGGUUUAUAUGAAGGUUGAAUUUAUUUUUGUAUAAGACUGGUGAGUAAAUGUGUACAUCUUUGUUUUUGUCUUUCUGUCUUUUAGUCUGUUUGUCUGUCUGUCUGUCUGUCUGUCUUUAUUUUAUAUAUUAUUUUGUUCGUUUUCUCUUGCUGAUGUUUCAGAGUCGGUCCUGUUCCAUGCAGGUCGUGUGUUGUUGAUUUUAAUUCUCGAUUCUCGAUUCUUGAUUCCUAUUCGUCAACAGGAGCUAUCAUCGAACAAAUCCGUUUCUUUCUGUUGUUUCUGUCGUUUCUAUUUAUUUCGUUUUUUAUAUUUGAAUUUUUCCGUAUCAUCUUCAGUUGGACCACUGUUUCAUCUGUUUCAUCUGUUGCAUGGGAAGAGGAUGGCAUUUAAGAACUGCAUGUUGUAGGCUAUGUGUAUCAAGAAAUGUUGGUAUGUACUGCUAAUUUUACAUACAUAUAUGCAAAGAGUUUGUCUGCACUGUACAGUUUGUGUUGGUUGUAUACACAGAUACAACAUAUUGAAUAAAAUAUUUAUAUAAAGGU